AUGCCCAAGCGGCCGCUCACGUGGCUGAUUACAGGCUGCUCGUCGGGCUUCGGCCUCUCGCUGGCGCGGCUGGUGCAGGCCAACGGGCACAACCUGAUCGCGACGUCGCGCAACCCGGCGCGCGUGCCGGAGCUCGUGGCCGAGGUCGAGCAGAAGGGCGGCAAGUGGCUGGCGCUGGACGUCAACGACCAAAACUCCGGCCAGGUUAUCGAGGAGCUUGAGGCCGGCGGGCAGGCCAUCGACGUGCUCGUCAACAACGCCGGCUACUGCGUCUACGCGCCGGCCGAGUGCCUCGCCGAGGACGAGGUCCGCGGCCUGAUGGAGACGGCCUACUUCGGGCCCUACCGCCUGAUCCGCGCCGUGCUGCCGCACAUGCGCGCCCGCCGCUUCGGCGUUGUCGUCAACGUCAGCAGCGGCGCCGCGCUCGACGCUCGCGACAGCAUGGCCGCCUACGGCGCCGCUAAGGCCGCGCUCGAUGCCCUGUCCAGGACGCUCGUGAAGGAGGUGUCUCCGUUCAACAUACGCGUGCUGACGGUGCAGCCGGGCACGUUCAACACCAACAUGUUCAACGCGACGAUCCUGGGCCGCAACGCGCUGCCGGACGACUACCGGGGCUCGGUGGCCGAGCAGACGAUGCGGGGCCUGGCGAGCGGCGCGUUCCAGGCCGACGGCGACAAGGACAAGGCCAUGCGGGCCGUCUACGAGCUCGUCGUCGGCGAGGGCGUCGGGGCCGGCCGCGAGUCCGAGCGGCUCCUGCCCCUGGGCAGAGAUCUAGUUGCCAGGCUCAAGGGCGUGCAGGAGUACUACGCCCACGCCCUGGAGGUUUUUGGCGACGUUUGCAACAAUGUCUACCGGGAUGGGAGAUAA